AUGCUUUUACUUGAGCAAUGUGAGCAGCUGUCACUCAAUGGUGAUAGCGCUUUGCUGUCCAAAGCUGCGUUUCGAUUUCAGAGGGAUGCGGUAACACCUGCUCAGCUGUGGUGGCGCCUGGACCUUCUGCAUGAGAAGUUGAUCAGCAAGGGAGAAAAGAGAAAGUUAUACAGAUGGGUUUGCUUUUUGAAAGAUGCAGUUAGUCAAACAAAGCUUUUGUCCGGGAAUGAUGUGUGCAAAUGGCUGCACAUGAGAAGUUCCGACCUUCCGCACAAUGCAUUGCCACACCAUGUUGCUACAUCUACAGGCCUGAUUGCUUUCAUUGCUUUUGUUUUGCGAGACGGCCGAACUUCGUCAAUCAUUGACUUUUGUCGGAGUUUACUUGCAAACAUUUGUGCUCGUGCAGUUGCUCACUUGACUGGGCCAGUCGAAAUCAUCAUCGGUGAUGACAUUGCGCCUCUUCGUGUUUUACCUGGUGGCUUAGUGCAAGGCUUGGCCGAUGCAAUUUCAAGCAGGCACGCGAUGGUGUGGCAGACGUGGCAAAACGAAUGGCUGGCCAUGCAUGAGCAGCAAGAGCUUUCCUCUCUGCCAGAUGACGCUUCACUUCUCCUGACUGAUCUUGUGAAAUUCUCUUUUGAAAUCGACAGAAGGAGAAGGUCGACAAACAAACACAUUUGGCCACGUGAUAGCCAGACAGGGAUGACCCUUCACAGUGUGUUGAAAGGGUUGGUUGUGUUCCUGAGUCAUCAUUUGGAUGACUUUGUCUUGAACUACUUUAUUCAUGAGCAUGACUGUUCCGAAGCUGUGCCCUCGAGACGUCGUUCCAAUGGCGGUGGAGAGGUUGCCAAGCGGGUUCGAAUGUCAGCUGACACCAUUUUUGAAAUCAUCCAGGAUGCAAAAGAUUCUGGCCUGUCGAUGCGGGAGGCUGUCAAUUUUUUGAAACGCAGUGGCAGGUUAUCAGCUGCUGCUGGCACUCAUCCCAACGCUACUGAUGCUUGGAUGAGAAGACAUCAAAAAAUAUACGAUGACCGAGCUGUGAUUGCAUUCGCAGGGACCAAUCAUCUGAACCUGAUUGCCGACGGCUCCAAGCAUGCGGGGAAAGAAGUUCUUGUGACAGUUGCGUACUCCUGGGAGAACAAUACAGCCGCAUUUGCUCCUGUCCAGGUCAUAAUGCCGCUGGACGAUAUCGCCCCUGGUGAGAUGGAUUUGACAAGCCUCAUUGAGAAGCUCGCCAAGGAUGAGAACAAAUUGCAGCGUGUUGCAUCCUACCGUCAUCUGCAAGCGGUGAGCCACCAGGUGAACUUACUGACAGCAGGACGCCUGUCUGGCCUUGACAGCUUUUCCGUUCCCAGUGAUAUAUGCCUAUCUGCAGUCCAGCCGGGACAUGACCGUUUGAUCCACCGAGAAGGGCCGAGAAAUCGUGUGUAUCACAAGUGCCGGGCUUCUGGGGAUGAAGAUGCCUUGAUGCCGCAGAAUGCGGACUGGUGGAAAACACUGCCUUUGCUAGUUUUACAGUUUGACCAGGGUCCAACAUGCACUGGAGCUGCAGCGUACGCUAUUCACCACCUUGGAAAGUUGAUAUCCGUUCGCUGGGACAUAUACCAUCGCAGUAUCCGCGAUGUCAAACUCUCUUUGCUGCACUGCAGUGGUGGUGUGUUCUUGCAGGCCCAGAUGUAUUCUCAAUACAUCUGGGCCCUUAGCUACCGACCGUGCGGGACAUCAGGCUUUCAUGAGGACAAGUUGCGGCUCCUGGAUGUGAUGAUGAGCAGGGAAGACCCUGAGUCCUGUGCCCUUUUUCACGAUUGCUGGGAAACGAUCCGAGAUGACCUUGGUAUGCCCUCAUUCUCAACGAUGCAUGAUGUUUGGCGAAAACUCCCAACAGGUGAUGCUUUUCAGUCCAAGGGAACUCUUCCCAAGCUGAGCAGAUGGUUCAGCUGGAACCAAUCAUGUGAGGAGCAGCUGCCAUCGUGGAACAUCUUGAAGUUGGUGCUGAAGUACCAUUUCUGGGAAAAAGACAUCGACCCAGAUGUUGCUGCUCAGAAACGUGAGCUCGCUGCGAUUGCCCAGAUGGAUGAUCCGAAGGAAGAAGAGAAAGUGAAUGUUCGGAAGCAGUUUUCGCUUCUCAAGGAAAAGCUGGGAGGGGGGCUCAAACUGGCUCUCUACUGCCUUUCUGAUCGCCUGUGGCAACAAGUUCAAAUACUCCAAAUGGUCAGUCGGCCAACUUGGACUUGGUACAGCGCAUCGGUUCGAAACAUGAAGAACAGUCAAGACCAUGUUGAGCGGCUGAUGGCAUUGGCCCAGUACUGGCAGCAAGAUGAGCAUCUGCAGAGUACUGCAGCUGUGCCAACUGCCAAAAGCCCAGAACUGCUGAACUUACUUCAUUGA